AUGGGGCAGAAUUUCUAUUUGGUAGCCCCGCGAGCGCAGAGGGCCUUACCUUGGGGAGGCAAGCUUGGAGAAAUACUCUUUGAUGGCUCAGCAGAGGUGCUCGUUCGUCUUCUCGCCGUCCCAGUUCGCCCAAAUACCGCCUCAGAGGCCGUCACGUGUGACGCACCCAAGGCUAUUGACACGAGCAAGAGCACAAAGAGAAAAGUUGAGCCGGAAGUGCUGGACGACUCGCGAGCCGUCAAGCAGGCAAAAACCGGGAGCAGCAAGAACAAGACGGAUACUCACCGUUCCGCCACUUUUUCCAACCUUCCUUGCGAAGUACAUCAACUCAUCUUUGACCAUAUCGAAUAUAUUGAAGAUGUCAUUUGCCUAGGCGUGACGAAUCGAUAUUUCUGGGCCCUCAGUCGACAACACUUCCAUGACCACUACGCCUCGUCCAGAGGGCUAUGGGCAGGAGAGAAUAUAGUCUGCGUUGGAGAAAAUGUUGAACCAGGCGAUUACCCUCCUGGACUGUUCUCAGAAGAAGAGCUGGAUGAACUUCGCGAGAGGACUACCGACAUGCCAUCAUACGACGAGUACAAUCCUGAUGAAGUGGCGCAUCCCGCAGAACCGUUCACGUUGUAUCAUUUCACUUUUCCCAGCAUUUCCGACAUGGACAGAGACAUCGAUGCAAAGUCAGAAUCCUACCGUACACUCCUCAACUGCAGAGGGCGAGGCAGCCAGGAGGACCCGGUAUUUCGGCAGAAAUGGGGUGACUUGGUCUUCGAGGAGUCGACCUAUUUUCCCCAAGACCAGCCUUGGAUCCUUCGGAACCUCACCACAAAGGAGUUUGUGCGCUCGGAGGCGAUUGCCCUAAAACCCGAAUACAUCCACGGUCCCAACAUUGACCUUUUGGGCUUUGGCGAAGUCAUCAUGUCACGCAUUUCUUGGUCAUCGUCUUCAUCCAUCAGCAUGAACGAUCCAUGCAAUAUUUCUAGGGGAGUGUGGGCGGGCCAUUGCUUCGACAUCACAACACUUGCAAAACACAGACACGAAGACAAGGGCAGGGAGUGGACAGAUGCAAGCGAGGAGGUCGCCAAUGAGAUUGCGUCCAUCUGGGAGAGCGAUUAUGGACCCGAUUGGCGCGAGGAAGUGUGCAGUCGCUGGCAUAAUAGGUGGAUUUGGUACUAG